UUCGAAAGGAGCAGUCCCUGGCGAUCGCUUGAGCGUUUGUCGCCAUGGGUAUCGAUUUGGAGGCCGGUGGUCGCAACAAGAAGACAUGGCGUACAGCACCUAAGAGCGAGAAUGUGUACCUGAAGCUGUUGGUAAAGCUGUACACGUUCCUGGUGAGGAGGACGGAGAGCAAAUUCAACAAGGUCGUCCUCAAGCGGCUAUUCAUGUCCAGGACAAAUAGGCCGCCCCUGUCCCUGUCCAAGCUUGCCACCUUCAUGAAGGGCAAGGAGGACAAGACCGCAGUGCUCAUAGGCACGAUCACAGACGAUGUGCGCCUGUUCGAGGUGCCCAAGUUGACUGUGGUCGCCCUGCGCGUUACAGAGACUGCCCGCGCCCGCAUCCUCGGGGCUGGCGGCAAGAUCCUGACGUUCGACCAGCUGGCGCUGCUGGCGCCCACGGGCUCCAACUGCGUGCUGCUGCGCGGCCCCAAGAACUCCCGCGAGGCCGUCAAGCACCGCGGCGCUCCGGGCGUGCCCCACUCCCACGCCAAGCCAUACGUGCGUAGCAAGGGCCGCAAGUUCGAGAAGGCCCGUGGCCGCAGGAAAUCCCGCGGAUACAAGGCCUAGAUUGGCGCCAUGCCAAAUCUGGCCGCCUGUGCGCGAGUGGGAAGCUUCCAUGCAGCUGCGUGGGGGACGCUGCUAGUUCUGGGUGGUACAAGUGCUGUGUGGUGCAGCUUUGCAUCAAGGAUGGUGGCUUGCUCGUGGCCGGCACAGUACUAUGCUUUGAUAAGAGCUGAAUGGACUCUGAAGAGCUUGCUCUUCUUUAUGGAGGCAAAUGAUUUCCACUGGGUGGAGAAGGCAUGGGGUGGAGAAGGCAUGGGGUUGCAGCAUGCAUUAAUGUGAGGUCUCUGUCUGAAAGCGGAAUAUGAGUUCAAAGUCCUUUGUAAGAUUACUGCUUCC